AUGAGAUUAUUUGAAAGGGUAGUUUAUAAACAGGAGAUUGCGUCUGCAUUCAAAUCCGUGAUCGGACGAGAUCAAUUUGCUUAUAAAGAGGGAACAAAUACCACCGAUGCUCUGAUUAUGUGUUUGCAUCAUUGGCUCAAGCGGCUGGAUGAAGGUGCAGACUCUGUUAUGGUAAUAUCAUUUGACUAUAAGAAAGCGUUUGACUCGGUAUCUCAUAACAUUUGUGAAAAAUUGAAAACACUCGAAAUUAACGCGUAUACUAUAAACUGGAUUAUUAGUUUUCUGGCCAACAGAAAACAAAGAGUUGUUGUUGAUGGCAUAGAAACUGUUUAUGUUGAUAUUAACAAAGGCGUACCGCAGGGUACGGUUUUGGGUCCCUUUCUAUUUUUGUUGAUGGUUAAUGAUAUAAAACCCAUGGAUGCGCAAAACAACCUAUUGGUUAAAUUUGCUGAUGAUAUAACGACAAUUGCUCCAGUAAAAUCAGGAUCGGAUUCUGCUGAGGCUGAGGUGGAAAGCAUUCAGAAUUGGUCGGAAGCAAAUCAAAUGACAUUAAAUCUUUCUAAGAGAGCUUGUCUGUAAAAAUCGCAAUAAAUCGCCAUUUUCUGGCACAUGUGAAAAACUGAAAGUUCUUCAAUUUCCUUCGAUUUUAUAUAUAUUGUAGACCUAUCCAAGCCCACACAUUUACUGAAGUUUCAGCCAUGAAACACAAAAUGAAGAAAAGUUAGAGUACUUCAAAAAUCGAACCACAAAUGACGAGAAAUGUCCACGAAAUAUCGCUAUAUAAAGCAGUCAACAUCAUGUGCUGUGCUGAGCGCGCAUUAUAAGUUUUGGUCUGCUGCUACAAUAUAUCUAUGUUUUUAGAAUAUAUGAACUUUCUCGUGAUAUCUUUUCUCCAUAAAUCAAAAUGUUAUUGACUUGGUUAUUUUAGAUCAAAGAUGGUUGAAAUUUCCGGGUUCUCCAAACUAGCCAAAGUACGUCUUGGGAAUCGCCUAUUUAAACAUAGUCCUACUUUCUAUAUAAAUGUACAUAUGCAUAAUUUGUUAGGGCUAGGAUGUAGUCAUUCGACGACGAUUUCAGAUGUUUGGGAUUCUUUUGUGUCUUGGCGAAAUUUGAUCUUAAACAUGUACAAUAUUAGCGUAAUUGAGUGCUUGGAUUCUAUAUCUUACGCUUGUUCUAUUCAAAAAGUUAACAUGCUUCACUGUAAAUGACACUGGUAACACACAGUUUACUUCUUAAUGAUUUUCUUUGCAUUCAAGUUACUUUGUCUACAGUAUAUGUGUAUAUACAUUAAUACAUACUGCACGCACGUACGCUCGGUACGCACGCACGACCAAGAACAUUUUAACUUUUUCAAACGUAAAAAACAUAGCCGCAACCCCAAGCAUGGCUUUAAAUUGCGAUGCCCGUCCAAGUUUGACACCUGCUUUGUAUUCUGCCUGUGAGUUUGUACGUUUAUGCGGAAUCAUAAGCAUAUUUUCUUCAUGUGACCUCUAAGGUAAUAAUUAUAUUUAUCGCUGCUGACGCUGCAUAUUUAAUUGUUUACAUUUUCUAUCUAUACAUUCAUGUACGACUUGCAGUUUAUUACACAUACUUUGAAAUAACUUUUCCUACGUAUCGAUUCCGACAAACUCGACAACAUAACAAAUUUCCAAUUCUCCGACGAGUCUCAACAAUGGGGGGGGGGCUUAAAAUCCGGCUUCAGGACAAAACUAGAGGACUAGGGCACUAGAGACACUAGGGCACCACAUUAUAGAACUGUGUCUGGUUACAUGUAAUACUUCCCGCGCAGUGUUAUAUAUAGUACGUGCACAAUAGCACGUGCAGUCUCGCGACUGCCUAUUUUGAUGUCUGUACUAAAUGAUUCAAUUCAGUUUCAAGUGAUUUCUGCAAUACCUGUAACGAGCUGUCCCUUACUGUCGACAAAAUAUGAACUUAGUUCAAAUCUGAUGGUAGAGCAGAAACAAUUCUUCCCAUUACUAUUUUUGUCGGUGGAAGUUAGAUUACAUUUGGUGAUUUGGAAAACACUUACACCAAGGUUAAAUAUUUCCGUGUAAUUUAAUUAAAUUAAAACUUCGAGAUAAAACUAAGGAAAUACGAAAAUUACAAUGGACUUACCUUUAUGCUUCAAGAACUGUAACAAACCAAUGUAACAUAAUCAGAGAGUUUCAGUAGCAAUAUUAAACUACAGUGACAAUUGUCUCGCUGCGUGCGUUUAUUUACAACUUUGUUGAGAAAGUUACUUCCGGUUUUAUAACAGCGUAGGUUACAAAUGUCACAAAUCAAUUAUUAUUUAUCUUGUAGUAAACAAUCUUGGAACUACUUUUUCUUUACGUACUAGACCACGAGAUAAUUUGUCGCAGGCACUCUAGAAAAGAUCACGCUUACCAUCUUGUAUUCUUUUUCAGCUGAUUUUCCAUUCAACGACAAAGUUUUUAUUUAUAUUUGUAUUUGCAUAUCUGCAGGAUUGUGUUUUUCAUGAUGUAAAUUUGAGUUAAUUUAAAAAUACAUGAGCGAUAUUUAAGAAGUGAAGCGUUUGUUCUCAGUGACGACCACAGUAAACACAGAAUCAUGUUGAAAUAAAAUUUAAGAAAUAAUAUUCACAGUGUCACGCUCCAGUUAAUACGAACCACCCAAUGGGCAAUGGACCAUUUGCAUUAUAGACUAAAUUUUGAUCUAGACAAAAAUUUCACCACAGCUUGAAAGAGCAUCACGAAAUUAGUACUAUUCCAAAGUGUCGUUGCAAAAUGUUGUAAAAUGAGGAUAAUAUAGCCAUGGGAAGUUUGCCGUUUUUCAGUCAUUUUGUAUUACGCACGGGAAAUUGACAGUCCAAAUCGGGUGUUGGGGCAUCAAUUUCCCGUUUUGUAAUCUAAAAUGACAGAAAAUUACAAACUUCGCAAAGCUAUAUUAUCCGCAAUUUACAACAUUUCGCAACGAAACUUUGGAAUAUUACUAAUUUUGUGAUGCUCUUUCAAGCUGUGAUGAAUUUUUUUUCUAGAUCAAAAUUUAGUCUAUAAUGCAAAUGGUCCAUUCCAGCUAUAAUAGAUCAUAUAGACUAAAUUUUGAUCUAGGCAAGAAGAACAAAAUCCAUCUUGAAAGAGCAUGUUAAAAUUAGUAAAAUUGCAAAGUUUGGCCAUGCACGAAAUGUUGUAAAGUGAGGGAAAUAAUAGCCCUACGAAAUUUGCAAAUUUUGUAUACUACAUUUGGGCCGAAAGUGGUGCAAAUUCCCGUGCGUACUGACAAAUUAAUACAAAAUUUGCAAAUUUCGCAGGGCUAUAUUUUCCUCAUUUUAAUUACAACAUUUUGCAACGAAACUUUGUAAUUUUACUAAUUUUAACAUACUCUUUCUAGCUGUACUGAUGGAUUUUUCUUGCCCAAAUCAAAAUUUAGUCUAUAGCUGGAAUUGCCCAUUACGCUAAUAUUGUACAUGUUUAACUGCAAAUUUCGCCAAGACACAAAAGAAUCCCAAACAUCUGAAAUCGUCGUCGAAUGACUAAAUCCUAGCCCUAACAAAUUAUGCAUAUGUCAACCAUCUUUGAUCUAAAAUAACCAAGUCAAUAAGUUUCGAUUUAUGGAGAAAAGAUAUCACGAGAAAGUUCCAUAUAUUCUAAAAACAUAUAUUGUAACAGCAGACCAAAACUUAUAAUGCGCGCUCAGCACAGCACAUGAUGUUUACUGCUUUAUGUAGCGAAAUUUCCUGGCAUUUCGUGUCAUUUUUGGUUCGAUUUUUGAAGUACUUUAACUUUUCUUCAUUUUUUGUUUCAUGGCUGAAACUUCAGUAAAUGUGUGGGGUUGGAUAGGCCUACUCUAUAGAUAGAUAUAUAUAUAUAAAAAAUCGAGGGAAAUUGAAGAACUUUCAGUUUUUCAUAUCUGCCACACAUUUUGUGAUUCUUACAGGCAAGCUCUCUUAAAACAUCAAUGCAUACUACGUCUUGGUAUAAAUAUACUGUAGGUAACAAAUAUAACAACAAAGUGUAAAUUGGGAGAGGGGGAACUUUAUCUGCGUCAUUCAAACAGUAAGUUUUCUGAACGACAGAUAAAGUCCGCCCCCCCCCAAUUGAAACUUUGUUGCUAUAUUUGUUACCUACACGAGUGUCUUACUCAAAUCCAAUGCACAAACUAUAUCAUUCGAAUUCCAACGUAGUUGAUUGUGAUUUUCCAUUUCAGAAGCUCGCUUCGUGAUAGAAAACGUUCAUGAAUUAACUUUAAUAUACAAACGUUAACUUUAAUACUAAAAAAUACAUGCAUGCAACAACCCCUCGCCUUUCUUAACAGAUGAAGUAUAAAAACUCCACAUAAAGUAUAAAGACCAUUACAAACAAACACAAAUACACAACUGAUGCGCUAGCUUUAUAAUGAACGAUAACAUUCACUGCAACUUCAUGCAUACCAGCUUGCAUUAAAGUGAAUUAUCGAGUUAAGAACGGCUUAAAAAUUUCGCAGAUAUGAAUAAAACCGACAACACAAAGCAAGUACGGCAUGGAAUUUUACUACUGCAUGAAAUGUUUACACUUACCACACCAGCACAACAACGAUUAAAUUAUCAAAGAUAUCAACAUCAAAACAUCAAAACAAUUAUUAUACAAAAUUUGUUUCACGGUUGAACAGCGACUAAUUCAUGAAACUGCAGGCUUAUUUCCAAAUCAGGAAAAAACCGUGUUGUACUAUUGUAAACUUUUUAACGAAAUUUAAAACAAAAAAUUGCUGUAAAACAGCAAAAUAAUAGUUACCUAGACAGAGCUUGUACUCGCGCAUGCACAUAACGUCGAAAACCGUCCAUGACAUAAACAAAAUGGAGGACAACUUUGCACUCCGCUAUGUUUUCACAUACCCGGGUAUAAUUAGCCGUGCGGAAUUAAUAUUCUCGCACGGCGCUUCGCGCCACCGGCUCCGGGAUAAACCAGCUGCAAUCUUUAACAUGCAUAAGCAUAUUAUCUCGACGUCAAUUAAAUAGUGAAAUACUGUCUCGUUUUGUUUUUUGAUAUUAAUGAAGGUAUUUGUUUAAUAUUGAUAGGUUUUCCUUGAUCCUGUCUACUGACAACUUUUUUAAUUUGAGACAAGUCGAUCAACCAAGCAUCAUGAAUGUUCAAUUUUUCCUUGCAUUGGUUAUUGUAAUGGGAUUCGUAGCCGGUCUCGAAGCGACGUGCUGCAAGAGAAAACCAGAUGUCGGUUGCUGUGGAAAUGGCCCAUGCAAUAUAUUCUGCUGUAAUUGUGAUGGUGGAUGCAACGAAAUAUGCGAGAAAACUCAUUGUGACACAGGAGACUGGACUAAAUGUGCGGGUGUUUUGGCAGCAUGUGCCACUGCCUGCGUUGAUCCUGCAGAUCCGGCGUGUGUUGCCUGCGUCGGCCCGUUGUAUAACACAUGUAAGAAAUGUUUUUCAUCAGAUGUCGAUCCCAACAAAGCUCUAGCUGAUGCCAAAUAUAUGUUAAAUGCUUAUUACAAGCAGAAUAUUCGCAAGCAUAUCAACUUAUAUCGGAAGUAA